GCCUGUGCCUCGAGGGAGUCGUGUCCUGAUGGCGAUGCGUGUGGUCGAAUGAUGAAUCAUAGACAAAUUGCGGUUUUUGGUCUAUUUGCUAUUCGAGAAGAAGAUACUUAGGUAGCUGAAAGAGUAAAGAGGGUACCAUAGUAGCGAGGGAAGGGAAGAGGGAAACAGAAGAGGAGGAGAGCAGAUGGGGAUCGUGGAGGAGGCGCACAACUUGAGGGUGAUCGGGCGAGCGGAUGGGGGGCGGGGGACCAUCGUGCUGGCGCAUGGGUUCGGGACGGACCAGUCGGUGUGGAAGCACCUGGUGCCGCACCUGGUGGAGGAGUACCGGGUGGUGCUCUUCGACAACAUGGGUGCCGGCACCACCAACCCCGACGACUUCGACUUCGACCGCUACACCACCCUCGAGGGCUACGCCCUCGACCUCCUCGCCAUCCUCGAGGAGCUCCGCCUCGGCCCCUGCAUCUUCGUCGGCCACUCCGUCUCCGCCGCCAUCGGCGCCAUCGCCUCCAUCUCCCGCCCCGACCUCUUCUCCAAGCUCGUCAUGCUCAGCGCCUCCCCAAGGUAUUUGAACGAUGUGGACUACUUUGGGGGUUUUGAACAGGAAGAAUUGGACCAACUUUUUGAUGCCAUGAGAUCGAACUACAAGGCUUGGGUCUCUGGAUUUGCACCACUAGCUGUCGGCGGAGAUAUGGACUCCGUGGCAGUCCAAGAGUUCAGCAGAACGCUUUUCAACAUUCGCCCUGACAUUGCCUUGUGUGUGGCUCAGACAAUCUUCCAGAGUGACCUGAGGGAGAUACUUGGGCUUGUUAUGGUUCCGUGCCAUAUCCUGCAGAGCAGCAAGGAUCUUGCAGUCCCUGUUGUGGUGUCUGAGUAUUUGCACAGGAACCUUGGGGGCGAGUCAAUCGUCGAGGUUAUGUCCUCCGAGGGUCAUCUGCCCCAGCUUAGUUCUCCAGACAUUGUCAUCCCUGUUCUUCUCAGGCACAUACGGUAUGACAUUGCAGUUUAGGAACAGAAUCUGAUUCUUCAUAACUACAAUGAAUCACACGAUCUCUUGCUUUUAGUUUCAGUGGCUUCUUUGUGCUCUUCGCUGUAAAACAUUUUAGAUUGAUUUGUAAUGCUACAAAGUGCUUGUACUCGUAACAUUAUCUACAAUCAGUUUGUUUUCAUGAUUUAAAUCGAUACCAACCUGUUCCAGGA